AUGUCAAAUCUGAUCUCGGUCAGCAGACAUCCUCUGACCUUGGGAAACAUGGAAUCCGCCCCUGGUUUUGCCGCCUAUGAGGAAAAUGCCUCUCCUCCCGGAUCAAUAGCCGAAGAUGCAGAGUUGCGAAUGAACCAAAGGCAUCACUCCAAUGACUUCUGCUCUCCAGACGAAGACAGCUGUUACGAAACAGAUGAUACAUGGGACGAUACCCAGUCUGAGGGUGAUUCGCCCGAGAUUCGAGACCUUGGCAGUCGUUCCCCUAUGAAGCGACCAAGCGAAGAAACGAUCGAAACCCCGCCGUUCAAGCGGCAAAAGGACAUGCUGAACAGGGAGUACCUUGAGCUUCUCAACCUCGACAUAGACGAAGCAGCCUAUCGUGCCUGUUCAGGCGACGGAUUCGACUUGCCAACGGCCCAGAUUGGCCUCACAGUAUGGUCGGCCCUAGAGAAGAAGCAGUUUUUCGAAGCUUUAUCUCGCCUAGGUAGACAUGAUCUAUCUGAAAUCGCGGCCAGAAUUGGCACCAAAAGCCAGGCAGAAGUACGGCAUUACCUAAGUUUGUUGGAAGAAGCCAGGGACAGCAGGAAUACCAUAGUUCGUCGCUCGUUUCUGGAGCUUGGCGAAUAUCCUGCCGCCGUUGAACUAAGCCAGCAGUGUUGCCACGCUCUGGAAGACGCUGCUGAUGCACUGUCUGUUCGCCACCAGCAAAUGGAUGAACUACGGGAGAUGCGUAAAUGGGGCGACAGUUGGGAGAUUACGCCAUCCGUAGCUCAGAUGUUAGAACAACGCGCUGGAGAGUCUGCCUCGGAAACACCCAUGCCAUUUGCGCAUCUGUUCCACCUGUCUAACUGGUUGCAACUGUCUGAACAAGUGUUUAUGAACUCUUCUGUACCAGGGAGCAACUGGAAUUACAUUGACGAGAGGCAUCCGUCAAUAUGGGCUACGGCACUUGAUGACUUCCAUUCCCUAGCUGUUUCUGUCACUCGCAGGCUUGUUCAGACAACGCUGUUCAUAGGCAUGUCGAGGAUUCGGGCCAAAAGAAAAGCUGUCCGUUGUACAAAAAACGUGGUCAGGAAGGACGACGUAAAAGCCGCCGUCGUGUCUCUCGGAAUGCCCUUGCAUUCUCAUGAGAGAUGGAGAACGAGCGCCAGGAGGCUCCGACUUGAUGUGUAUGAAGAACCGCCAGUCUCAGACGUCGAAAGCACGGACGAAGAACCAAUGACUUACGAAGAAGUCGAGCAAGCGCUGUUACAGAGACACGGUUCAGCUGGAAAAGUUUUGAUUCCGGAUGAUAUCGAACUCAUGACGCGGUCACACGACGACAGCGACUAUGGCAGCGACAGCGGCGGUGACGAUGAGGACAAUGAAACCGACUGUGACCUGGACGACGCUGCCGACAUGGGCUUCGAUUCUGAAGCUAGAGGGCAGGAAGAAGAGACCGACGAGGAGGAAUGCCGCAUCAACCAGGACGUCAACGAAGUCCUGCAUUACUCAUCAGUCAACAUUCGAGACUCGAGAAGCGCAAAACAAGCCCUGCGGCUUCAAGUCAUCAAGGAAAGACAUCAGGAAAAGCAGGCGGAAGAACAUGACAAGUACGCCAGCUUUCAAAUCGAAGCCGAGAUGUGGAGAAUCCUGCACAAGAAACCGCCCACGGAACUUCCAAAGAUGCGUGACCCGGGGAGGAUGUGUAGGGCAAAUUUAGAAGUCGAAAGUGUAUAUCCGCAAGGCAACAAUUGGGCCAGCAGCUUGGACUACCAUGAGGAAUGGGAAAACAUUGCAUGUUGA